AUGGCAGACGAAACUCCGAUCGAUUUCUGCACCUUGGGCAUGUUCAUUAUCGACGAAAUUGAAUUCCCCCCACCAAAGCCGCCUGUCAAAGACAUAGUCGGCGGUGCAGGAGCAUAUUCCGCUCUGGGUGCACGUCUGUUCUCUCCACCGCCCAAGUCGAAAUCGGUGGGCUGGAUUGUAGACUGCGGCUCCGACUUUCCGCCGGAGCUGCGCGACUUCAUCGCGAAAUGGCAGACAGGUGUUGUCAUGAGAGAGACUCCGGACAGACUGACGACGCGAGGUUGGAAUGGCUACGGCGCAAACGAACAUCGAGCCUUCAAGUACAUGACGCCAAAGCUUCGUCUCGACCAUGAAUCACUCGCCAACACUCCGUUGAUCUGGUCGAAAUCGUUCCACCUCAUCUGCUCACCACUCAGGUGCAUAGAUCUGGUUGAGAACAUUCUGAGAUUGCGAAAUGAGGCAUCAGACGCAGCGUCGACUCCACGACCCCUGUUCAUUUGGGAGCCUGUGCCUGAUCUCUGCAUUCCCGAGGAAUACGAAAACUGUCUGAGAGCACUAAAACAUGUUGACGUCGUCAGUCCGAAUCAUGGUGAGUUGGGUGGAUUCUUUGGUGAAAACACGAAUGGCACAGACAAUGUCAUCUUCCCCAAGAUCGAGCAGCUAUGUGAUCAAUGGAUGCAGAGCGAAAUUGGGCUAGAUGGCAAGGGAGGUAUUGUCGUCCGUUGUGGUAAGGAUGGCUGCCUUGUGGUGCGACACGGAGUGCGCAACUGGAUGCCUGCGUACCAUCAGUCAGCAGAAAAGGUGAUUGAUCCGACGGGAGGUGGCAAUGGCUUCCUAGGUGGAUUAGCAGUCGGCUUGGUUCGUGCUGGGGAUGCGCCAGGUAUUGAGAAUCUGGAGGAGGCUGCGGCUUGGGGGAGUAUCUCGGCGAGCUUUGCGAUCGAGCAAGUGGGUAUGCCGAUUUUGGCAAGUGACGGACAAGGAGAGACAUGGAACGGGGUCAAAGUCGAAGAUCGACUCGCAGAAUAUAAGAACAGGUCUCGAUGA